AGGCCUCCGUUUACUUUCUGCUAACUGCUGCAGCUGACAACUCAACACUCACAAACUCUUUCUUUCGCUUCCUCUGAUCCAAAAGACGAUGGAACCUUUAGGUUGAUUCCUUCGAACUCUCGCACUUUCUUUAUAAAUUUCCCGCACUUUCUCGCCCUCCAAAAGCCCUUCGCAAACCCUAAAAUGGCGUCGGAAUCUACUGAAGAGGACAAAUCCUGGGAGCAUGUCCUCCGCCGCAUGCUCCCCGCCGGUGCGCCGCUCCCGGACGAGGAGCACCUGGACUACUCCAUCGCUGUCGAGUACGAAGGUCCACCGGUUCCAUACGACGUUCCCAAGGUCGAUCCGCUCGAAAUCGGCGCCACCGCGUCCGCCGUCGCCGUACCGAUACGGACGGCUUCAAUCGUCUCCGAUCACAACGCGUCGGCCUCGAUUCCGGUCGCCAUGCCGGUGCAUCCGCGGUUCUCGCGGUUCGGCCGAAUCCGCAACGGCGGUUUCGACCGCGCGCCGCCGCCGCCGCCGAGAAGUCCGGUGGAGAGCCGGAGGUCGUCGUCAGUCUCCAGGUCUCAGUCGCAGUUCGAUUCGCGCAGCGGCGAGGUGGUUUAUCGAUCCGAUUAUUCCGGCGAGGUGAACGACGAAGACGGAGCAAGCUCCGCCUCGGAGGCGUCUGAGCAGCAGUCUCCGCCGAAUUCUGCUCCGGUGCCUCGAGGCGGGCCCGGAGCGGGCAAGCGUCCGACGACUGUGACGUUUCAUACUCCGAGGGACUCCGAGGACGACGGAGACGAUUUUCCGUCGCCGAGGUCGGUUGCGACGGAGCCGGUGGGAUCGCCGGUGGGCGCGUCGCCGUCGCGGAAUACGAAGCGGUGGAUUUGUAGCAGAUGUGGAAAUAGUAACAGGUUGAAGGAGAAGGAAGCGUGUUUGGUGUGUGAUUCAAGGUACUGUAGUAACUGUGUGCUGAAAGCGAUGGGGUCUAUGCCCGAGGGAAGAAAAUGCGUGAGUUGCAUUGGGAAGCCCAUUGAUGAAUCGAAGAGGCCAAGUUUGGGGAAGUGUUCUAGAAUGUUGUCGAAAGUGUGUAGUUCUUUGGAGAUUAAUCAGAUUAUGAAGGCUGAAAAGGAAUGUCCUGCUAAUCAGCUUCGGCCGGAGCAGCUUAUUGUGAAUGGCCGGCAGUUGAGGCAAGAGGAGUUGGCUGAGAUUCUGGGCUGCCCCAUCCCUCCUCAGAAGUUGAAGCCCGGGAGGUAUUGGUAUGAUAAGGACUCUGGACUUUGGGGCAAGGAAGGAGAGAAGCCUGAUAAGAUAAUAAGUUCGAAGCUUAAUAUUGGAGGCAAGCUUCAGACGGAUGCGAGCAAUGGGAAUACCAGAGUCUACAUGAAUGGCCGUGAAAUAACAAAGAUUGAGCUUAGAAUGUUGAAGUUAGCAAAUGUUCAAUGUCCACGAGAUACCCAUUUCUGGGUUUAUGAAGAUGGAUCUUAUGAAGAAGAAGGGCAAAAUAAUAUUAAGGGGAACAUAUGGGGAAAGGCGUCCACUCGUUUCAUUUGUUCAUUAUUCUCAUUGCCUGUACCUCCCGCUAAUCCUCCUGGGGUCAGGGAUAAUUCAACUAACUAUUCAACAAGAUCUGUGCCUGAAUAUUUGGAGCAAGGCAGAGUUCAGAAACUUUUGUUGUUUGGCAUGGAAGGGUCUGGAACAGCCACGUUAUUCAAACAGGCCAAGUUUCUAUAUGGAAACAAGUUUUCUUCAGAAGAAUUACAAAAUAUCAAGCUUAUGAUUCAAAGCAACAUGUACAAGUAUCUUAGCAUUCUACUUGAAGGACGAGAGCAGUUUGAAGAGGAAGCUCUGGCAGAGCGAGAAUCUACUUCAUUAGAAGGUGAAGGAUCUGGACAAGUACAAGCAGAAACAGCAGCUGAUGGAAACAAGCCUUGUAUUUAUUCAAUCAAUCAAAGAUUCAAGCACUUUUCUGACUGGUUACUGGAUAUUAUGGCAACGGGAGAUUUGGAGGCCUUCUUCCCUGCUGCAACACGUGAGUAUGCUCCUAUGGUAGAUGAGAUCUGGAGAGAUCCUGCUGUUCAGGAAACAUACAAGAGGAGAGAGGAAUUGCAUAAUCUUCCUGAUGUUGCUAAAUAUUUCUUGGAUCGGGCAAUAGAAAUUUCGAGCAAUGAGUAUGAACCUUCUGAUAAGGAUGUAUUAUAUGCGGAAGGAGUCACACAGAGCAACGGUCUCGCAUUCAUGGAGUUCUCAUUUGAUGAUAGGAGUCCAAUGUCUGAGAUAUACAGUGAAAACCUCAAUUGCCCUCCUCCCUUAACCAAAUAUCAACUGAUUCGCAUAAAUUCAAAGGGACUGCGUGAUGGUUGCAAAUGGUUGGAAAUGUUCGAAGAUGUGAGGGCAAUCAUAUUUUGCGUUGCCCUGAGUGACUACGACCAGAUGUGGCCCAGUAGCAACGGUCAGCUUCGAAACAAACUACUGGCAAGCAAAGAUCUUUUCGAGAGUCUGGUGAAGCAUCCUUGUUUUAAAGAUACCCCAUUUGUGCUUCUCCUAAAUAAAUAUGAUGCCUUUGAAGACAAGAUAAAUAAAGUUCCUCUAUCAAGUUGUGAGUGGUUUGGGGACUUUUGCCCCGUGAGACCUCAUCACAACAAUCAUGCCCUAGCCCACCAAGCAUACUACUAUGUGGCUGUGAAGUUCAAAGAGCUUUAUUAUUCCCUAACUGGGCAGAAGUUGUUUGUGGGGCAAACUCGUGGUCGGGACCGCACCUCGGUCGAUGAGGCAUUCAAAUACAUAAGGGAAAUCAUCAAAUGGGACGAUGAGAAAGACGAUGAUGUAUAUGAAAUCAACCCAGAAGAGUCUUUUUACAGUACAGAAAUGAGUUCUUCACCCUUCGUCAGACAGGAGUGAAUGGUAACCCUUCUUCCAAAAAAUUUAUUUUUAGGAGCAAUGCAUUGCAUUUGUGAAGGUCAGGGAGUGGGAGAGUAUGUUGUUUUGUUUUGGUUUUUUAGGAUCUUCCCCAAACAGCUUCAAAUGAUUUUUGCCCCUUCAUAAAUAAGCUAAUUUGAUUGAGAGGUUGUAAAUUCAGAGGUGAUUUGUUCUCUGUACAGCUUAUGUUGACAAUAUUCUUCAGCUUAAUUUGAAAAAUAAAAAUAAAACAUAAAAGAGCUAUUUUUUUUCUCUAA